GUGGUCGCCUGGUACAGCCAGAGGCAGCUGCAUUUGGCGCGGUUUAGGCUGGUGUGCGAGGCCGGGCUUCCCGUUCCUUCUUUGACUGCAAGCGGUUGCGGCGGCUAUACCCAACAGCCAUGGACAUGAAGAAGAGGAUUAACCUAGAGCUGAGGAACAGGACUCCGGCAGACGUUAAAGAACUGGUUCUUGACAAUUGCAGAUCAAACGAUGGCAAAAUUGAAGGACUGUCGGCAUCUUUUGAGAGCUUAGAAUUUCUCAGUAUGAUCAAUGUAAUGCUGACAUCGGUAUCAAAUCUUCCAAAGUUAAAUAAACUAAGAAAGCUUGAGCUCAGUGAUAACAGAAUAUCUGGAGGUCUUGAAGUUUUGGCAGAAAGAACCCCGAGCCUUACACAUUUAAACCUAAGUGGAAAUAAAAUCAAAGACAUCAACACUCUGGAGCCCUUGAAAAAACUUCUGAAUUUGAGGAGUCUUGACUUAUUUAAUUGUGAAGUGACCAAUUUAAAUGAUUAUCGAGACAGUAUGUUCAAGCUGCUCCCCCAGCUCACAUACUUAGAUGGAUAUGACCAGGAUGAUCAGGAGGCACCAGAUUCUGAUGUAGAGGGUGAUGGUGAUGGUCUCGAUGAUGAUGAGGAGGAGGAAGAUGAUGAAGAGGAAAAUGAAGAUGUAGAAGAGGAGGAUGAAGAUGAUGAUGAAGAGGGUGAAUUUGAUGCCUUGGAUGAGGAGGAUGAAGAUGAACUUGAUGGUGAAGAUGAUGACGAGGAUGAAGAAGACAGUGAGGAUGAUGAUGAGGAUGAAGAAGUUGAAGAUGAAGAAGAAUGCAAAGAAACAGUCCAGGGCCAGAAACGGAAGAGGACCCAAGAGGAUGAUGGAGAAGAGGAUACUGAGGAUGAUGAAUGAACUCAGUAAAUGUAAAGACUGUGACUGUGGUUGAUAUUCGCAUCAAGUGACAUUCCUCUGAGGCAGUAUCUGUAGCUAUGGUGAUGUGCAUUAUGAAAUAUAUAUUUCAUAAGUUAUUCUGUUUAAAAGUGCAUUUACGUCUAAUUAUCACAUUUCUGACAUGUUGGAUACACUAGCUGGACUGCUGGAAGUCUGGAAUGUUGCCUUAGAUUGGUCAGGGUUGCCACUGUUAAACCAAAGUUGUAUAACAAAAACUUGGGUAGUGGUGAAUUUUGUUUACCCUCUAGUAAGGAUCACUUAUCGCUCCUAAGUGGUAUGUCACUUUUUAAGGGGGGAAGUUUUUCUCUUCCCCCUCCCCCCACCCAUACCAGUGUUUUCAUUUUUCUUUUCACUCCCUAUGGAUUGAUAUUCCAAAGAGUGACAGUUGUGAUUGAGUUGCUGACAUUGCUGAAAUGUUAAGUUGUUAUUAAGUGCUUCCAUUCCUUCACCAUAGUAGAAUGCUGUGACGUCAUAUUAAUAAGCUGGCUGACUAACCCAAAUGAUUCUUGUGACUAAUCUUAUAACAACCUGUCUUUAGUCCAUUGCAUUCAAAUUAGAAUUUGCCUUUACUGUGCCUUAUAGAGUUGUUGGUCCAGUGGACAAUUUUUGUUAAGUGUGGUUAGGAAUAUCAAGUUGUUGCUGUACUGAAGUGUUAGGGUGUACAAUAGGACAGCCUGUGCAAUCUGUCAGAAAUGUUUUUCAAAUGCCAGUGUCCAUUAUUGACUACUUAUUGUUUUGGCAUUUCCAUAGCAACAGAACUGAUGCAAGAGCAGAGAGCAGAACUGUCUUUUUCAGAAAUCUGAGUAUAAGAAACAAAAUUCUUAAUCAAGAGAAAUUUUAUAGUUGCAGCUACUGGAAACUUAAUAGUGUCCUAAUUUUGAUGCAGGGUUCCAAACUGUGUUGACUUUCUACUGUUUGAAUUAAACACAGAUCUGUUAGAAACUUCACCACAGUUGUCGAGAAUCAAAAAUGCUCAGAGCCUUGCUGUAGUUUGCCAGUUUUUCUGAAAAAUGUUCAGUUUUUAAUUACAAGUACAAAAGAACUUAUAAAGAGGAAAGUAAAUGGCUUUCAAAUAUUUGUAUAAACUCGGUCAACAGUCUCUUUGUAUUAUAACAGUAUAUUAUGGAAUUAGUUCUAGAUACCCAUUGAAAAAUGGAUAUUUAUAAACUCUGGGACUUUUUUAAAGAAAACUAAAUGUUGAGAUUAGAAACUAGGUAAUUUGUUACUUUUUAUUUUUAGUGUGGUGUGAAUUUUUUAGAGCAAAAAUGAAUUUGAAUAUAAAUUUUCAGUGUAGUAUCUACAAAUGUAUUAAACUUUGAAAUGUUGCUGUUCAGGUUAUUUCUGUACAGAAAAUAAGUUCAGAAAACCUAUUUCAUGUUAAUGUAUCUAGUUUUGUUAAAAAUUUUCAAAAUAAAUGCGUUUUUAAUAAAAAUAAAU